GUUUUAAUGAAUAAUAGCUUUUCAGCUGAAGGGCAAACUUAUUAGAUAAGAUCUGUAACAUCAGGAUAGAAUAUUUAGAGAACAAGUAACUUAGAAUUUCAUGAUGCUGUUUAAAGAUAUGAAUAAAGAAGAUCAUCUAGACCAAGAUAAACAUAAAAUAAUCAAUAAACAACAGUAAUCACAUCUAAAUAUGUAUAAAUGGAAAAUGAGGGAAGAAAUAGUAAUUAUGACUUAGAAGCUUCAAGAUAAUCUUAGAGAGUAGUUGAUAAAUACUAAAUGAAUAAUUAGAAUAGUCAAUAUGAAGUUAAUAGAUAGAGUGUUAAGGAAGUAAUGGAUAAAUAUAGAAGAGGACGAGGUAAGUUUAAUUGAAUUAAUGUAGAAACAACAACAUCUUAAUUUUAAACUACAGAAGUAAAGUAUUCUGCUGUACCUUAACCAUAAUAUGAAUAGUUAUAAUAAAAAGAAACAGUAUAUGAAGGUAGAAAUAGUAGAUAUGUUGAAGAAUAAGACUAUUCAUAGGAUAAAUAAGUGACACUAAAUUAUAAUACUAUUUAAAGUACUUUAAUUUAUAUAUUGAAGCUAAAUAAUAAGUUUAUGAAGUAGAUUAUGAGUAAAUUAAGGAAGAUUGUUAAAUUAGUGAUAUUUACAGAAGACCUGAAAGAGAAGAUGAUGAAUAAAUCGAUUUAUUAGAAAGUGAUUAUGUUUCUUGCAAUAUAUUUUGA